AUGACGACGUACAGAAAUCCAAAUCCUAAAUUUGAGCAUACUCUUCCUUUAUCUACAAAAUGGAAACACCAGAUUACUGAGUGGUUACAGGAAGAUAUUCCUUCUUUUGACUAUGGUGGGUAUGUGGUUGGAGACAAUGUUCAGACAGCAACCCUCUUCUGUAAAAGUGACGGAAUUCUCUGUGGAAUCCCUUUUGCAACUGAGGUAUUUCGUCAAUGCGGACUCAGCCAUGAGUGGCAUGUAGAUGAGGGUACAUUUUUAAGGCCCUCAGAAACUGAGAGUGGGAAGAUAAAAGCGUGCACAGUUAAAGGCCCUGUGAAAAAUAUCUUGAUUGCGGAACGGCUGUCUCUCAAUAUCAUUUGCAGGUUGAGUGGUAUAGCUACUCAGUCACACCUUACUAUUAAAACAGCCAGAGAAGCCGGUUAUACAGGAAUCAUUGCUGGGACCAGGAAAACUACACCAGGGCUUAGAUUGCUUGAAAAAUAUGCGAUGCUUGUAGGAGGUGUGGAUCCUCACAGGUAUGAUUUAUCAUCUAUGGUGAUGCUCAAAGAUAAUCAUAUUUGGGCAACAGGAUCAAUUAGACAGGCUGUCAAAAAUGCAAAGGCAGUGGCUGGCUUUAGUACUAAAGUAGAAGUCGAAGUUCAAAACGAAAGGGAAGCAGAAGAAGCUAUUGACGCAGGAGCCGACAUAAUCAUGCUUGAUAAUUUCAAUGGGCCUGAACUCCAAACUGUCUCUCAAUCUCUGAAACAAAAGUGGUCAGGUAAGCGCGAGUUUUUGCUUGAGUGCAGCGGAGGUUUAACUUUGGAAAACAUUUCUGAAUUCCUGAGCAAUGAUAUCGAUAUAUACUCUACAUCUUCCGUGCACCAAGGAUGUUCAAUCGUUGACUUUAGUUUGAAGCUUGAUAAAACUAACUAA